AUGGCUGACAGAACCAACCGGCUGGGUGUUAAGAGGAAAGAGAAAAAGGUGGAAAGCAAAGCAAACGAUGAAAAGGAUAAGGAAAAGGAAAAGGGGAAGGAGAAGACUGUAAAAAAGGCAGAAAAACCUGUGAAGGACCAAGAGAAGACCUCAGAGCCCCCCAAGACUGAUGAGGAGAAGCAGAAUGGGGAAAGUGCUGGGGCAACAGGAGCAGAUGCAAACAGCGAGGAUAAUGGAGAAUUUCAACCCAUAGAGCUGCCUCCCUUUGAGAUCGUCACAGGGGAGCAGAUGAGCCCAUUCUACUUCAAGUUUCAGUUCAGGAAUGUGGAGUAUUCGUCGGGGCGGAACAAAACCCUCCUGUGUUUCAGAGUGGACACACCAGGAGGCAGCACAGAGCCUCUGAGAGGCUACAUGGAAGAUGAGCAUGCCACAGCUCAUGUUGAAGAGGCUUUCUUUCUACAGGUGCUCCCUAACCCCUCCCAGGAAUAUGAUGUGACGUGGUAUGUAUCAUCCAGUCCCUGCGCAGCAUGUGCUGCCAAGUUGGCAAACAUCCUCCAACAACGCAAAAAGCUUCGUCUCUGCAUAUUCUGCUCCCGUCUCUUUGAGUGGGAGGAGCCUGAGAUCGUCGAAGGCCUGAAGGCUCUGGUGAAUGCCGGCUGCAAGCUGCGAAUGAUGAAGCCAGCCGACUUCAUGCAUGUAUGGGAAAUGUAUGUGGAGAAGGAGGAUGAUAGCUUUUCGCCAUGGGAAGAUUGCCAGGAUAAUUAUGACUAUUAUAUGGAGAAACUGACAGACAUCCUCAAAUAG